UUCAAAGUCCCAAAAGUGAAGAGAAGAGAAGAGAAAAUAGAUACAGAAGAGAACAAAGAGAGAUAAGGAACAAGCCAAAACACCAAAAACAAAAACCAUGGCGAGACUGAGGACGGCCAUGGAUUCGGCGUUCUGGGACUUGGACUUGGCGACGCCUCGAGUCCUUGACGGCAACGCGAAGGCCAUUCCCGGUGAGCCCUUCCCCAUGGACGGAGCUCGAGCCAGCCGAGCCCUGAGAAUACAGCAAGUCUCGCUCUUGGGAAAUGGCUUUCCUCUUGGCAUUAUCCCUUCUCUCUCUCCUACUUCUUCCAAGGAUUUGGGCUCCUUUUCUCUCCAGUCCCUCUUGCUCAAACCCUCCACUUCCAACUGGUGGCUUGGAUUAAUCGGGCAGUUCCGACCGAAGAAACUGAUUUCUUCGAUUAAAGCUGAAUUUAAGAGUGACGAGGCAGAGUUUCCUUCUUUCAAAGAUGUGGCUAAGCAUAUUUUGGAUAAGUCACUUUAUUCAUUUGGGCUAACCACACAGCUUUCCCCGACUCCAUCAACAUCCAUUAAAUGGAGCACGGAAGGGCAUGGCGAGAAAAAGGGACGGCGGCACAAAAUGAUGCUUUUUCAUAAGCUACCCUAUCACGAUAUCACAUUCGAGGCUGCGUGGCCUCAACUGUUCGUUGACCAUAAAGGGCAAUAUUGGGAUGUGCCAGAGUCAAUUUCCUUGGAUCUCUUAUCCCUUGUUUCUGAAUCUGGAUUGCGGUAUCGCCUUGGUUUGCAUAAAAGUAGUGAUCAUCCUCUUGCAGUUAAUGCCACAAGUCAUGAUCCACCUGCUGCUCUAUUGCCUGGCUUAUGCGCAAAGGCUGCCUUUUCUUACGAGAAAAGCAUGGACUUCUGGAGGCAGAGAGAGAAACGGGAGGACAUAAUAGAGAGGACUGAUAGGGGUUUGUUUUGGAGGCCUUCGUAUGAUGUGCGUCUUAAUGAACCUCAUUCUGCAAUAUCUGGAAUUAUUGGUGGUACCUGCGCUGCCUGGUUCGGAGACAGGCAGAAGAGAAGCCCACUAAGUGCUGAUUUAUUUGGCUCAGUUUGCUAUACUUUCCAGCAUGGAUGUUUCAGAAAGUUCUAUGGCGAUCUUACCAGGGUCGACGCUCGCUUGGAUAUUUGUUCAGCUUCAGCUAUUGCCAAAAGGGUUCUCAACAGUUUCAAAAGUUCCUCUUCUGAUAAUACUGAAGAUCCAGCUUCCCAUCCUAGACUCAAUCUGAUCUUUCAGCAGCAGGUUGCGGGGCCCAUAGCUGUUCGACUAGAUUCGAGGAUUUUGCUUGACUCGUCAUCCGACAAGCGUGGGCCGCAUGUGGAGGAUUUCAUAUGCAGCUUAACUUACUCCUUCAGACUUCUAGAAUCAGGAAAAGCGGUUUUCUGGUAUUCUCCAAAAAGAAAAGAGGGAAUGGUUGAACUACGCCUGUUUGAGUUUUGACCCCCAUUUUUUCCAUAUGAAAAAGAAAUUUUUUUUGUUGAAACCGUAGGCUUUUUGAAGGGAAAUAGACUUUAGAGAGUGCAAGAAGCUUUCAUCUGUUAUUAGUUUUGCAUUUUUUUGUGAAUGAAUUUUCUUCGUUAAGAUGAGGCAACUCGUUUUGUCUGUCAAACGACAUAACUCACAAGGGGAAAAAGGGUAAGGACGUUUUUCUAAUUGUCGUUUGCCUAACGAAGUGUUGCUUUGUUAGCGAACUGGUGGACAACAUUGACCCUCACCAAUUGAAAGUUAUUGGUCUCGAGUCCCCAAGACACCAUCUAUGACGAGCUUAAACGAAGGAAAGGGGGAGAAAAAACGAAGAGUGAAUUACAAAGGCAAAAAUAUUCUCCGCGUUUAGUGAUUUGAAUUUUCAUUCCAUGUUUUUCGAAAAGACUAUUUGCUGUUGCAGAUGCAAAGUCGCUUACCAUUUAAAAACCCUUUGUCAGCAUAUCGUCUUUUGAACUCAUAGAUAUUUUUUGGAAC